AUGGACAACAUGCGCGUACACAGAAGACGCACAAACGCGCGCGGGCUAAACGCACAAAACUGCAGCAGUGGAGAGCAGCCAGGUGAGCAGAUAGGGGAAGUGCAUCUCGCAGGUGAACAACUGCCUAUUCGUAGAGAGGCAGGUGAAUUUCACAGUUACGUUUCCAAGCUGCUGCGUGGAAACACGAACGGAGGAGGAGGAGGCGUGGAGCGUCGAGAGAGUGAGAGAGAGAGAGAGAGAGAGAGAGAGAGAGAGAGAGAGAGAGAGAGAGAGAGAGAGAGAGAGAGAGAGAGAGAGAGAGAGAGAGAGAGAGAGAGAGAGAGAGAGAGAGAGAGAGACUUUCUGAAAAGAGCUGGUUAAGUGACAAAAACACAAACGACAAGGUUAUCGACCAGAGCUCUUAAAUGCUGUGGGGAAGAAAGUUUGUGAUAGGAGUAAGAAAACAGAGGCGGUGGGGUUAGUUGGUGGUGGAGGUGGAUGCUGCAGGUACCGAACCCACGGAGCAGGAUGGUCCAGUGAGUCGUCCGCUGCUGCUGAUGCUGUUCAUCCUCCUUCUGGACUCAGAGCGAACAUGAAGGACACGGGAGAAUCUAAAGACCACCAGCUUACUGUCGCCUUGAGGAUUCGACCCCUCAGCGAUGGAGAGCAGGAGGAGGGGGCCACCAUUGUGGCCCACAGAGUGGACGACCAGAUGGUGGUUCUGAUGGACCCCAUGGAGGAUCCAGAUGACAUCCUGCGUGCCCAUCGGUCCAGGGAGAAGACCUACCUGUUUGACGUGGCUUUCGACUUCUCCGCCAGUCAGGAAGAGGUGUACCGAGCUACAACCAAAGGACUCAUUGAAGGCCUUAUAUCAGGCUACAAUGCCACUGUGUUUGCAUAUGGACCCACAGGUUGUGGGAAGACGUAUACCAUGCUGGGGACCGACAAGGAACCAGGCAUCUACGUCCGCACCCUGAACGACUUGUUUCGUGCCAUUGAGGAGACUAGUGAUGACAUGCUGUACAGCAUAUCCAUGUCCUAUCUAGAGAUCUAUAAUGAGAUGAUCCGUGACUUGCUGAACCCAUCCUCGGGCUUCCUAGACCUAAGAGAAGAUUCUAAGGGUGUGAUUCAAGUGGCUGGCAUCACAGAGGUGUCCACUAUAAAUGCCCAAGAGAUCAUGGAAUUGCUAAUGAAGGGCAACAAGCAGCGCACGCAGGAGCCAACAGCUGCUAAUCAGACAUCGUCUCGUUCCCACGCUGUGCUGCAGGUGGCUGUCAAGCAGCAGAGCCGCUGUCGUGACGUCCUGCAGGAGGUUCGCUUUGCUCGCCUUUUCAUGAUCGACCUUGCCGGCUCAGAAAGAGCCGCACAGACUCAGAACAGAGGUCAGCGGCUGAAAGAGGGAGCUCACAUCAACCGCUCGCUUCUGGCUUUGGGAAACUGCAUUAAUGCCCUGAGUGACAAAAACGGCACCAAGUACGUCAACUAUCGAGACAGCAAGCUGACUCGUCUUCUGAAGGACUCUUUGGGCGGAAACAGCCGAACAGUAAUGAUCGCCCAUAUUAGCCCCGCCUUCAUGGCUUUUGAAGAGUCUCGAAACACGCUGACAUAUGCUGAUCGUGCCAAAAGCAUUCGAACACGGGUGAAGAAGAACUUGAUAAAUGUGUCAUACCACAUUGCUCAGUACACCAACAUCAUCUCUGACCUCCGCUGUGAGAUCCAGAGGCUCAAAAAGAAGAUUGCAGAACAGUCGAGCCGCCAGCUCAGUUCCGACAGAGCGGACAUCCGCAACAUUCAGGCGGAGGUCCAGGCCCACUCCAGCCAGCAGGGCCGAGCAGAAAUGGACCAGCUGAGGGAGCAGCUCCUGGAUGCAUUCCGCCAGCAGAUGGAGAUAAGGAAGACUCUCAUCGAGCUGGAGAACAACAACAUGGAGAUCCAGAUUGACACAUCAAAGCAUCUUGUAACCAUCACAGAUUGGGAGCAGGAGCAGAGUAGGCGCAGGAAGAAGUGGCGUGGAGAAAGGAGGAAGGAAAGUGUCAAUAAGGAUGAAAGUGAGAAGGAUUCCGAUUCUCCAGAGUCUCUCCCAGACAGCAUCGAGACCCAGGAUGUGGCAGUGGCUCGGGAAAACCUGGUCACCCUCAUGGCUGAACAGAAGAAGAUUCAGAAACAGAAAGGUUUGCUCGAGCGCAGGUUUCUGGAGCUCCGGGAUCGAGCCCGGCGCCUGGAGGAACUGCUUCCUCGGCGGGUGAGCUCAGAGGAGCAGCGUGAGGUCCUCGGACUCCUCUGCAAGGUCCAUGAGCUUGAGAUCGAAAAUGCAGAGAUGCAGUCCCACGCGCUGAUCAAAGACAAUGUUAUCCGGCAGAAAAACUGUGUUGUGCAGCGCUUUGAGCAGCACAGACAUUUGUGUGAUGAGAUCAUUCAGCAGCAGAGACAGUUCAUCGAUGACAACAGUCUGCUGGUGCCGCCGCACCUCCAGGAGCUGUAUAAUGUCUACACGAGGGAGCUGGAUGAGAGGAAACUCGAGAGAGCUAUGGCCCUGGACAAGUUGCCCACCAGAAACACCAUCAAGGAGGGCUCUUUACCCAGGAUCACUCUACCAGGGCAUGGCCGGGAUUACAUACAGGACGUGGACUCAGACCAGGAGAGCGUACGCAACUUGUGCUCAGAUAGCAGACGAGGUCAAGUCAAGAUGCGAAGGCACACGUUGCCUCCCAUUCUGCCCGAGUCAGACCUCGACAGAGUUUUCAAGAGCAGCCCUCAUGCCAAGCAGAUCAAAAGCUCGGCUGUGAUGACCCCACCUCCGAUCCACAUCAACGGGAAGGGCAACAGAGAGUCUCUGCAGCUGCAGCCUCUGGCUCCUGAAAGCUUCACGAGCUACGGCCACCUCAGCCACAGCAUCAGCAGCCACCUGGACUCCUCACCUGAGAGCAGCGAGGCUGGCGCUGACGUCCCUCUUUCACGAAACGGUAAAUUGCUUCUUCAAGUCAGAGAAUCCUCAGAGAGCUUCAAAAGUCACACAGAACGGCAGCAGAUUCUAAAAGGAGUCCAGAACAUUGUGGUGAAGGCAGCCCGCCGACGCUCCAAAGCCCUGGAGGUGGAUGUCCUGCGCAUACCCCAGGCCCCCUCUCCCUUGGACCCAAAGAAGCAGAAAAGCUGUCUUUCUUUGAGCGAGGCGCCCCCUAGAGGAGUGCCGCUGCGGCGCGGCAGGCAGCCCACUCCCGAGCUGAGACACGCCACCUCAGAUGAUAACCUGUCCAGCAGCACUGGGGAGGGCAUUGGUCUUCACGCAACCUGGACACGUCCCCGUAACCGUCAGGUUGCCACCAAGACCCAAACACCCCGCGAGUUGGACUUCGAAGCUCGACGCAAGAAAAGGCGUUCUCGGUCAUUUGAGGUCACUGGUCAGGCACUGCCUCAGAGCAAAGCAGCCACAGCUCAGAGGUUUCGCCCUCUGGACAGUACAUCAGACCCUCAUCUCCACAUUAACGGUCAGGCCACCGCGCUGCGUCCCCACUACAGAGGGAUCCCCUCCCUCACCAAAGUGCGACCCCAUCAGCACACUCAGCAAACAGGCUCACAUGCUGAGUCCUCCACAUCCAGCAUCAAUAACAUGAAGAGAGGGUCUCACCUCCGGCAGCCCCAGCCCCUCCUCUACAUCACCACCACAGGCGCCGGGGCCCAGCGAACACGCAGACCCUGAGCCCAGCAGAGGAUUAAUAAUCACCAGCUCAACUCAAAGCAGGAAACUUCGGUUCUUCUUUGACUCACAAAUACGGGACAGAAUGAAGAACCACUCUUGACACAGGUCUUCUCUUUGGGUAACCCUAAGUAAGUGAUCCCACAGACAGGCCGUGAGACCGGUCUACAGACACCAACAACAUCCUGUCUUCACUUCAGCUUGCCACGGUGCUGAAUGAUUGGUGUUUUUGUCAAGUCGUGAUGAUGUCAAGCUGACUUUGGAUGCAACGGUUCUGUUUGUUGGCUGUGACUGUAUUUGGGUUUUGUAACGAUUUGUUGCCUGAAACUAAACGCAUUAGGUAGAUGUAUGAGCCAUAACGUCAAUUUAAGGAUGUGACUAAAGAGGAAAAGUACUGAUUCUAUGAUUAAAGAGAGGAGAGAAAACACACUCAUUAGUGGCAUUUUCCCAAUGUCACAACAUCAGCUGGAUAGUUUCAGAUUGUGUUAAUACAAAAAAGUGAUAUUUGUGGGAAUAACAUGUGUGCACUUGUGGAUUCUGCAUCCUGUCCCCGUUAACUCCAGGUCUCUGCCUUUUAACACCAAAAAUUCACAUGUUAAAUGUCAUGUUUGUGUAGAUGAAGAGUUAAGCACCAUUUCUGAUUUGUGUUUUCCAGAUUAGCUGGUUCCGAUUUUAAUUAUUUAUCUGUUGCCUUUUCUUUUAUGAAAUUGACAUGGUUUUAAUAAUUGCUACUUUCUAUUCCUUUUUGUACAUUGUUUUUUUAAUUUGUACGAAAAUAAAUUUUAUUGGAUUGUGUAAAGUGUCACUUAUUUUCUUCUUCAUUGUGCUGUGUGCAAGAACGAGAGAAUGGAAAAAACAAAGGACAGGUGUGGAAGUCUGAACAAGUGGUAUCACUGAACUCUCUCAGGAUACUUGGAUUGAUAUCCUUUCUGGUACUUUUGCGUUGACCCGUUGAUUCAGUUGGUACUCCGAAAAACUGUUUGAAAAAAGGCAAGCACCUUCUUUAUGUCUAGAUUUGACUGUGAAAUACAAAACGUAGAAUAUGAACUAAAAUAUAUGAUCAAAAUAAACAACCAAGGUGAUUCAAUGCAACUCACAAAGUGUAAAUAGAUUUCACAGAUGCAGAACAUCUUACUGUGCAAACCCUAAAAAAUGCAUCACAUUGCUUUUGUUUAAUGA